AUGAAAGACCAGAAGAUUGACUAUGUGGCGGAGGACCUGGACGCGAUGACCACUUUGGAGGAUGCCAAAUCGGUCGACAGCGAUGAUGCCCUGUUGAUGUCCAUGGGCAAGAAGCCCGAGUUGCGACGCGUCUACAAUUUCUGGACGUUGUGCGCAUACCAGAUCAUGAUAUCGUGCAGCUGGUCAUGUCUGGUGGUCCUCUACUCCACCAUCUUUGAUGUCGGCGGCCCUUUUGCUCUGAUCUGGGGCACUCUCUUCGUCGCCGUGGGCCAGACCUUGUUGAUGAUGUCUCUGGCUGAAUACUGCACCAUUUGGCCUACGGCAGGCGGUCAGCAAUACUACGUCCAGGCCGUGGCUACGGGCAAGCUUCGGCCCAUCUUGUCAUAUCUGGUGGGCUGGGCUGUCAUCGUCGGCGAAAUCAGCACCGGAUCGAGCUGCGCCGUCAACAGUGCUCAGAUCAUUGCUUCCUUCGUCGAGGUCACACACCCGGAUUUUGCUUGGAAGCCCUGGAUGACAUGGAUUAUCUAUUCGGUCUUUCUGAUCGGUCCGAUUGUCAUGAACUUGAAGCAAUCAUGGCUUCCGGGAAUGAACAUGUUUGGCGCCAUCUGGACAAUCGCGGGCGGUGUUGCGUGGGCCAUCGUCUUUGCCGUCAUGGCGCCGAAACAUGAUGCCAAGUUCAUUUUCACAAAGUUCAUCAACAACUCUGGCUAUACGAGCGCCGGUUGGGUCUUUAUCAUGUCUUUUUAUUCGCCCAUGUAUGGUCUUUACGGCACUGAUGGCAUGAUGCAUCUUGUCGAAGAGAUGCGGAAUGCCUCAAAGGAGGCCCCUCGCGUGAUGGUCUGGUCGAUGAUCUUCUGCAGCGUUACCAGCUGGCUCGCCGCGCUCCUGAUGCUUUGGACGGCCGGCAAUUGGGAGGAGUACAUGCUCGCGUCCCAACCGUACAUGAACUGGUGGAUGGACAUCUGCAACAGCGUGUACGGCGGCGGCAUCUUCUGCGCGCUGAUCAUGAUCGGGCUCAACUUUUUCAUCAUUGUCGGCACCAACAACGCGGGUUCUCGCCUCGCGUGGAGCAUGGCCCGUGACAAGGCGUUUCCGUAUUCCGACUACUUCGCCCAUGUGAGCGAGAGGUUCCACAUCCCGCUGAGGGCCAUGAUUGCCAUUUUGGUCGUCGAUUUGGUUAUUGGUCUCAUUGUGCUCGGGAGUGACCUGGCUUUUGAAUCGAUCAUUUCUGGUGGGGGCGUGACUUUGCAGAUUGGCUAUGUGACGCCCGUUAUCGUGGUCCUCCUACGAGGCCGCAAAAUCCUCCCACCGCGCCCACACUUCGACCUGGGCAAAUGGGGGUACCCGAUCAACAUCAUCUCGGUGUGCUGGUCACUGAUCAUCAUCAUCAUGUACCUUUGCCCGCUGUACGUGCCCGUCACGGUCGCCACCAUCGACUACAUGAACUGGUCGUGCUUGAUCGUCGGCGCCACCAUCCUCUUCCCGGGCAUCUACUGGGUCUGGAGAGCCCGGUUCAGAUACAUCAAGGAAUCAAACUCCGUGCUCGAGGAUAACGUCGUCUUCAUCGACGGCGUGGCCGUCGCGGGUGCGAAGGCCUUGGUCGGGAACGAGACCCAGCGGACUCUCAAGUAA